AUGUCUCUUCCAUCCUACACUCUCUCUCUCUCUCGCUCUUCCACCAUCACCGCACUCACCCAACCUCAAAACACUCUACCUUCACCCGCCUCCACUAUUCUGACCCCCGAUAAACCCUUUUCGGACAAACAAAGGAGAAGUUUUUACGUUUUGCUUUUGUAUUUAUUUCACUAUUUUUUUGUCUUUUUUUUUCUUUUCUUCCCUCUUUUUAUCUCUUUUCCCUCCUCUCUUUCCUUUGUUUUCUCUCUUUUUCCUUCUCUUUCUCUCUUUUUCCUUUUCUUUCUCUCAUUUUCCCUCUCUCUCUCUCUCUCUCUCUCUCUCUCUCUCUCUCUCUCUUCGUUGUGUCUCUUUUUUCUCACUUUCUCUGCAAACUUUCUAUCUGUCUCUUCCCACUCUCUACCUCUGUCUAUGCACACUCUCUCUCUCUCUCUCUCAUCAUCUGCAAACUUUAUUAUUUUUCUCCCUUUCUCUGCAUCCAAACAAACACACACGCAUACACUCUCUUUUUCUGCACACUCUACUCCUCUCUCUCUCUCUCUCUCUCUCUCUCUUUCACUGCACACGCCAUUUCUUUCUGUCUCUCUACCAUACAUUCUCUGUGCAGACUUUUUCUUUCUUUCUCUCUCUCUCUCUCUCUCUCUCUCUCUCUCUCUUUCACAUCUUUUCUUUCUUUCUGUCUCUCUAAACCUCACCAUACACUUUCUGCAAACAUUCUCACUCUCUCUCUCCCUCUCUCAAUGCUCACUCUACUUCUCACUCUCUCUCUCUCUCUCUUUCACUGCGCACACUCUUUCUUUCUCUCUGUCUCUCUAUCUCUAUAAGUUUUACCAUACAUUCUUUGUGCACACUUUUUCUUUCUCUCAUUCUCUCUCUUUUACUGUACACUAUACUCUUCUCUCUGUGGACACUCUUUCUUUCACUCACUCUCUCUCAAUGUUCACUCUACUUCUCUCUCUCUCUCUCUCUCUCAUUCUCUCUCUCUUUCACUGCGCAUACUCUUUCUUUCUCUCUGUCUUUCUAAUCCUCACCAUGCACUUACUGUGCACACUCUUUCUUUCUUUCUUUCUUUCUUUCUUUCUUUCUUUCUUUCCCUUCUCUCUCUCUCUCUCUCUCUCUCUCUCUCUUUCUAAGAUUUCUACUGCUCUUACCAUAUAUGGCACUUUUUCUCUGUCACUUUAUCAUUUUCUCUUUUCCUCUUUCUCUUCUUUUAUCUCACUUCUUUUUCUCACGAUUUCUUCUUUCUUUCUUUCUUUCUUUCUUUCUUUCUUUCUUUCUCGGUCACACUCUCUUUCUGCAUACUGUCUUUCUCUAUUUCUCAUAAUAAUCUUUUUCUCUCUAUCCCCCUGCACACUCUGUCCUUCUCUCUUUUUCGGUACACACUUUUUUCUCGCUCUCUUCCUUUGUUCACUCUCGUUCUCUCUCUCUCUCUCUCGUUCUCUCUCUCUAUCUAUCUAUCUAUCUAUCUAUCUAUCUAUCUUUUCAACCUCUCACUCUAUGCACUUUGCCCACUUUUCCUCGGUCGCUGUUGUCACCCUGCGCUAUGGCGUUUCUACCUUAUCUUUCAUCGUUUUGAUCAUAAUUUAUUGA